UGUUCCACCCACUUUGUUUUCAGAGAGCAGAGGUACUAUUCAGCGUUUCAACCCUCCGAUCAUAAAGAAUCUGCCGGUGGAGCAGGUUGAUUUCACUCUAAAUGAUAUUUGGUGCCAGUUUUGUGAGACUCUUUCUCUUUCAAUAAAAGAAUCAUGGUUACGCCAGCAAAUAACAACAAUACCAAAGAGGGACCUGAUCCGACCAAAGUGAUGGAGAAAGUGAAAACACUGAAACAUUUCCCUCCGUACGGCGCCAUGAACUCUACAGGAGACACCUGCCCAACAUGUCGGGGCACCGGGCGAAUUCCCAGAGGCCAUGAAGACCAUCUAGUAGCUGUAAUACCAUGUAAUGACGUGAGGCUGAAACCCAGACGCACGAAGCUGUACGUGUGCGUCUCCAUGGUGGUGUGUCUCUUCCUCUGCUGUCUGUUCCUCUUCUUCCUCUUCCCCCGGAGUGUCACCAUCACACCUGUGUCUGUGCUGUCAGUGAUGGUCUACUUCAAACCACUUACCAUUGAAAUGGAGGUCACCAACCUCAUCAACAUCACCAACGAGAACUUUGUCCCAGUUCAGAUUGUCGAGUUUAACGUCCAGGGUCUGCUCGUUAAAGAAGUUGUUGCAAAAACCAAAAUAACUAACAUGACCGCCAUCCAGUCCCGCUCACAGAAACCGUACACCUUUCAAAUUCACCUGCCUAUUAUCGAUAAAGGCCUAAACGAUUUCUGCAAGUCGAAGUCCAUCAAGAUUCACACGUUAUUUCUGGAGCUGCAAAUGACGAUGAAUAUCUCUUAUCUCUCUCACACGGAGCAGCUGUCUCUGGAUACCUUUGAGUACAUCGACUGUGGCGCCAAUUCAACAAUCCCUCAUCCUACGAACUGAUGAAAUCAAAAUGAAAAACACUGUAGUAGGAGUGUGAAAUAAUGAAUAUUCUGGCUGCAUUGCACCCUCUUUUUCCUCUUCUGUCUGUGACUUUGUGAAUGAUAACCACUGUGAAAAUGCAUCUAAUCCAUCCAGUGAUUCAUGUCUUUUACUUCAAGGUUCCAUAAACAGGAUUCGGAACAAUAAUAAUGCAUAAACCUACAAUUAUCUGUGUAAAGAUAUAGUGGAGAAAUGUUUACCUGAGCAUAGAAUGAAGUCGCUCUCCCUCUGUGUGUGUUGUAAUCUGAGCUUCUCUGUGCUUUGUUUACAUUGUCGGCCGACUGUGUAUGCAUUUUAGUGCAUGUGAGUCUCUUUUAUAGCCACAUGCAUCACUUGAAUAAUUACAUAAAAUAGCAAACACGUAAUCAUUUUGUUUCAUAUAUUUUAUUCCAUCAGAAUAGCAAAAUAUUGUCAUGCAACGUCCAUUUCUGAAAAAUGAAGUCAAUGUGGAAGUGCCUUAGACCUGCAUUCUAUCUACUGUCCACCAGGGGGCGACUCCUCUGGUUGUAUAGAAGUCUAUGAGAAAAUUACUCUACUUCUCUCUUGAUUUAGUCCCUCAGUAAACAUUGUAAAUAUGAGUUUAUGGUCUCAAUCUCUAGUUUCAAGUCUUCUUCAAUACAGCAUGAUGUUCAUUUAGUAAAUGACCAGACCAUAAAUAAGGGUAUGCUUUAGGGCGGGGCUACCUUGUGAUUGACAGGUCUCCACCACAUUGUUGCUCGUUCUGGGAGUUGUCUGUGUUUUUGUCUUAGAACUUCAACCCUUUCACAUUGUGUUUUUAAUCAAAACAGCAUUUUCACAUCAAUUUUUUAUUUCAGUAGAAAAACACGUAACCAAUGAGGAAAUGAUUUUAUUCUGUAUGUUGUUUUAGCAUACCUUAAGACCUUAACACCACAAUGUUAUGAUUAAAAAACAUUGAUGGUUCAAGUGCAAUUAUAUGUUAAAAUUAUAUAUUUUUUGCUCUUAUUUGAUUAAGAUCGGCUUGUAAAUCAGUGUUACAGGCAAACUGGCCUCAUAAAAGUGUGUGAGACAAGUGCAAUUUUUUACAUUAUUGAAUGUGACAGCUGUGCACUUUUAUUCAAAGAUGUGUAAACUUCUUUAAAAUGCCACUAAUUGCACGUUUGUGGGCAGGAUGCAGUAUUUUGUGUAAAUAGGAUGUUAAUUGUUGAUAAUCAUGGCCGUGUCAUUUGCACUUCAUUAAACUGUGGC